CAGUUGUUUUUUUUAUACUUUUCCACAGAGCGGGUCCAUAUUUCGGGAUAGUCCUAAAUUUCAUCCGUUUUUGUGAUUUUUCUUUUGUUUUUCAUUUAUUUUGAUAAUAAAUGGUUGUGCUCGUCGUAAUUUCCAAAUAAAUUCAACGAUUUUCAAUAAAAAAAAAUGAAAUACAGGAAACGUAGUCGGUGCCUAACUUUUGUGAUAUCGGCUCGGUUUAAUUUGGAUAACGCAACUCAACAUCAAAUUCGGCGGUGGUCAUAAAAUCAAUUGUGAACUAAAAUAAAUGUGAUUCGGUACAGCAAGCAAUUCAGUUAGUCAGUAAUGUAAUGGAAGACUGUGUUAAUAAGUUAAAACGAUGUGGUACAUAAGAGUUUAAAUUAAAUUAAAUUAAAAAUGGCAGAAAAUGUAACGCAGCAGACGCGAUUCACGGAAAACGAAGUAAAAAUUCGAUCAAACGGCGGUUUUAGUGCGAAAGGAAGUAGUUUAAGUUAUGGUGAUUUGGGACAUGUCGGUAGCCAUGUGGAACAGUAUACUCAUUCAAAAUCAUCUGGGCAACUUAGCGGUGUCCAAAACCAAAAUGAAAAUUCGAAUCAGCUAGCUACUGAAAAACAGUCAGCUACAACAACGUCAAAUUCAGCAAUUCCUCAGAUAAAAAAUUCUAAUUUGCUGUUGACGUUCAUGUAUCGUGUCUUCGAUCACUGCAAGAGUUCCGGAAUAGGAGAGCCUAGUGUUUAUCAUGCUUUAGUCGUAAUAUUUUUAGAAUUUUUCGCUUGGGGUCUGCUUACGAUGCCCAUCAUCUCAGUUCUUAACAACACAUUUCCACAUCACACAUUUCUGAUGAAUGGUCUCGUCAUGGGUAUCAAAGGAAUUUUAUCGUUUCUAAGCGCUCCCCUGAUUGGUGCUCUGUCAGAUCUAUGGGGACGAAAAUUCUUUUUGUUAAUAACAGUGUUUUUUACCUGUGCACCAAUACCUCUCAUGGCGAUAAAUACAUGGUGGUUUUUCGCAACGAUCUCAAUCAGUGGAGUAUUCGCUGUAACGUUUUCCGUAGUAUUUGCUUAUGUGGCUGAUGUGACGACAACUGAGGAUAGAUCCAAAGCAUAUGGAUUGGUUGGUUCAACGUUUGCUGCCAGUCUGGUAAUAUCACCGGCAUUAGGUGCAUAUUUACGUGAAGUAUACGGCGAUACUGUAAUAGUAGCCUUAGCAACCGCUAUAGCUGUACUGGAUGUUUUCUUCAUCUUAGUUGCUGUACCGGAAAGCUUACCAGAAAAAGUGCGACCCAGUUCAUGGGGAGCGCCGAUCAGUUGGGAACAGGCUGAUCCAUUUUCGGCACUAAGAAAAGCUGGACUAGAUCACACAAUUCUAAUGCAAUGUGUGACCGUAUUUUUGUCGUAUUUGCCUGAGGCAGGUCAAUAUUCCUGUAUAUUUGUGUAUUUAAAGCUGAAAAUGGGUUUUAGUUCCAUCGAGGUGUCAAUUUUUAUAGCAGUGAUUGGAAUAUUAUCAAUUCUGGCGCAAUUAAUUUUAGGAUUUUUGAUGAGAGUGUUUGGAGCUAAGCGUACAAUAAUAUUAGGUUUAGUAUUUGAAACAAUGCAGCUGCUCUGGUACGGGUUUGGUAGUCAGAUGUGGAUGAUGUGGGCUGCAGGUAUAUUAGCAUCACUAGGUUCAAUAACUUAUCCAGCAAUAAGCGCUUUUGUUUCAAUACACUCACACGCUGAUACUCAAGGUGUUGUUCAGGGUAUGGUCACUGGCAUGCGUGGACUGUGCAACGGACUAGGCCCAGCUAUGUUUGGUGUUAUCUUUUAUUUGUUCCAUGUCGAUUUAAAUGACAAACAAGCCGAAAUCAAUCACAUCGACGAUACAAUAAAAAAUGAAACAAUUAAUUCAAUGGAACAGUACACGGCAUUGGCACCAGGUCCUCCAUUUGUAUUUGGAGCGUUCAUGGUUGUUAUCGCUAUAUUGGUCGCUGUUUUCAUUCCAGAAGAGCCAUCCGAUCCAAUACGACGACCAUCGGGUGAGAAGAAGAAAAGAAAACAUUCCAUUUCCAGGGGCUUCAUUGGACAUACAUUAUGAAAUCGAACGGGGUCGAAAAGUAGCCGGCCCACUGUCACCGCUUAUGCAGCAAGACUCUGCGCAACUGUAGUUUUCACUUCAGCACGUGCAUAGCCAUGUAAUUAAGAAAAUCUAUCACAUUUUUAAAAUUAUAGUGUAUGGGUAAGGCAAGUUAAUUAAAAAAAAAACAAUGAAACUUAAUAAACAAACAAAAAAAUUAAAAGAAUUUAUUAGGCAAACACACACACACCCGAUAAAGUAUAUAAGUUAAAAAAUAACGAAAAAGAUUUCAAUAAAAAAAUUAAUAAUUUAUUGCCACGUAGCUGACGACAUUUUAAUGCAUUGUCGGUCAAUCUAUUUUCCAUAAUUUUCCUAUUGAUUUCGUUUAUGAAAAAAAAAAAUAGAAUUUUCUUCACAUAAAAUUAAGUUUAAAAAUGGAAACCUCUGAUUCGAAAAGUUAAAUUUUUCUUCUGCUUUUGGACAUACAUCUAGCUUACAUUACACCUUUGCAUUAAAUGUAGCCGUGUUAUUGAAUAUUAAUGUCGUCGUCGUGGAAGUACGACCUCAUAGUGAACUAAUUGCUGUUGUGCACGAUCUUAGGGUUAAAGUUUUGUGAAAAAUGUUCGCUCGCAGUUUACUGUAAUAGUGAAAAUAUUGACCAUCAAAGACCGGGUUCUUCGUUCAAUGAAAUGUUUGUUGAUGAAAUGAUGCAUUGUUCACAGGGAAUAUGUUUAAAGAAAUAAUUUCAUUACAAUUAGAGGCAGUGAAAUUUCAGCAUGAAUUUGCUUCAGCUGUUUUUCAGCUGAUGUACACAAACAAUAAAAACUGUUUAUACGGUUUUACGAUUACGAUUACGAUUAUUAAGCGUGUAGCCGCUUCAACCAAAUGUGGAUCGUGUGGAUCACCUGCAAAACAGCUGAUGCAAAUCCUUGCUGAAAUUGACUGCCUCUGACUGUAACUUCUAACAAAAAUGAUUUUCCAAAUUCCUAAAAAUUUCGUGGAAAUUUAUGGAAAUUCAAAAAAUUAUUUUUUCAAUAAAAUUGGUUCUGUUCUGCUUUUAGCAUAGCAAUAAGUAACUGACCUGUCUGUUUUCACUUUUAGAGCCACCGUUUCGUUCAAUUGUGAAACUUUAGCUUAAGAUUAGGGGUACCGCAGUUAAUCAUUACCGACUAAAGUCGUAAAACCUUUUUUUUUCAAUUUGUAGUUUUGAUUUUCAACGUUUUUUGACUGCCAACCACAUACCUCAUUUAGUAUCUUCAAUAUUUAAGGACAUUGGUUUUGUAUUGUAUCAUCUGUUAUAGACAGAACAGAAAAAAGUAAACGAUGACCUACGGUCUUAUUAUUACUCAAUCGUAUGCUGAAACGAAUGAAGUAUAGAAGAACAUUCGGCGAUACUUUAAACAAAACAAAUGUUAGAUUUUCAUAAUUAUACCGCGAUACGCCGUUUCUAACAGAUUAACUCAAAGUCACGCAAAUCGAGUUGUUAUACGUGGGUGCGAUAAUUAUUUCACUAAAUCAAAGCAAUACGAUUAAAUUUAACUACUUGUGACGAGUGGAGUGCUUCGAAUUGUUGUUUCUCGAUAAUCGUGGCACACACGAUCCAUAUAAAAUGUAUUAGCAAAAAUAGAAACAGUGUUUGUCGAAAACGCUGUAUUGUAUUCGAUAAAGAUUCUUCCUAGUCAUUAAUAAUUCAAUAAUCCCGAAAGUUUAACAAACACAGAGAAAACUGUGCUUUCGCAUGUGUAUACAACUGCCAAUUAAUUGCGCGUUAAAUAAUUAAUAUGAAUUUUCAACGGAAGACAGGCUAUAAUGAAGAAAAAAAACAUUUUUACUGCAUCCAUCGCAUCUCUGACAAGUAUUUUCAAUUUUUGAUUCCUUUUUGCAGUUUUGCAUCUUUAUUGCCAGAUGUUUAAUUCCGAAAAUAGUCCGGAGCCGUUUUAGGAAGAUAAGCAUGAUUAAUUAAAAACAAAUUAUUUGAUGAAAAAAAUUGAGGUCCUUGUGUUAUGGUGUAUAUGCUACGGGCCAAACUAAAAUCGUAUCAAUGACUUGACAAUAUUUUAGGUUCUGUGAAACCCCAACCAUUUGGUUCAAUCUCAACUGAGAAAUGUUUUUCUUUUAACUUUUUCGAUCGUUGCUCAAAGGAAGUCUCUUUAAUUUCCUACAAAUAAAAAUCUUCUGUCUUAACCCAAAUAACAUAAGGACUUUAGUAGACCAAAAAAAAGUAAAAAAAUGGAGAGCUGUAAUUGGAGGUUUUGAGUAUUUCUUUAGUUUAAUAAUUCAGAUGUGAAUAAGUCGAUUGAUUUCUUUAGAUUUUUUUUUUACAAUUUUAAUUUAAUUAAUGAAAGUCUUAAGAGCUUUAAUAUUAGAGAAAGCAUUAAAAUAAUGUUCGUAAUAUUAACAAAAACAAAGGGUUGAUUGUUGCAACUUAUAUUUUAGUCACUUAAUUUGAGUUUAAAAAACAAAAACAAAAAAGA